AUGGCGAGCGCAGACGUUCAGCAACCACCUGCGCAGGAAGCUGCACCCGCACUACCUGACUACCUCACAAACCCUGAUGCUGUUCUGGGGGACAAUGAUGCCAAGUGGCGAUACGGCAGAGCGCCUGAUUACUCAAAAACCAGAAAGGUGUUCGCUGAGACAAAGCAAAUGACACACGAAGCCGGUUCUCUUCCUGAGCUCGUACAGAAUCUCGUCAAGAACUGGGAAGUCGAAGCCUCCUUCAAGCCCAACAUCGACGACUGGCGUACGAUCGAUCGGGAAAACUACUCAUUCGCCAUCAAUGGCGGCAAGGCUGAAGGAGCAGAGGCUAUGCUCAAGGUCGGCACAUACAAUGCUAUCAUUGCGCCGAACGAGUACUACUCGCCCGACUACUCCGACUUUGCCUCGUCACACAAGACGUUCAAGCGCAUGAUGCCUACCUUCGCAUGGGAGGUACUAGAAGUCUACAGCGGCCCACCAACAGUCAGCUUCCGAUGGCGCCACUGGGGCCAAAUGAAGAACGACUACGUUGGCUUCAACAACAAGGGCGAGAAGGUCACAGCCAAAGCACACGGAGGCUCAAUCGACAUCCAAGGUGUCACGGUCGCGACGGUCAACGACAAGGUGCAGCUACAGUCCGUUCGCACCUGGUUCGACCCGAUGGACAUGUUCAGGCAGAUCGCGCCUGACGGCGUCGUGAAGAAGGAGGAGAAGCCCAAGAACAUGUCACCAGCAGACGCCCUCGAUGAAGCUCAGGCCGGCAUCAAGGCGCCCGAGGAGCAGGAGCUACCGGAUGAGUUCAUCCAGAGCAAAGAGGAGGUCAAGGAGACGAUCGAACGUCUUGAUAAUAUGACGACCGAAGAGAAGAUGUCGACCACUCAGGGCUUGCCUGCUGACCACCCUGCUGUGUCAUCGUCUUCUAACACUGAGGCUGAGGGCGGAAGGUGUCCUUUCAUGCCCGGAGGCUUCAACUGA